AUGUCAAAGGACAAUCAAGCCAUAAACGCAGCCGACAUGAAUAAACAAUUCCUUAGCGUCUCCCAGGAGCAGCAUCCGCACUCGGACGACGACCAGCGCAGUCGCUCGCGCUCGGAGCGUGCCUCCAGCCUAGCGCUACCCCUGAACUCCCUGCUGGACUUUUACGACAAGCAGCAGGAGCAGUGCAAGUCCGUCACACUGCUGCCACUGCCCAGCAACAGCCAUAGCAGCAACAGCAGCAGCAGCAGCAGCAUCGUGCGACGCCACUCCUCCCACUACUACCCCAUGCUCGAGGAUAUGCAGAAGCCGUCGCAGCAGGCCCACGCGGCCAAUGAAAUCCUGGACCUGAAAUAUGGCAAGUCAGCGGCAAUGGGAGUCGCCAAGGCCAAGCAGCAGCAGCAGCUGGUACGUGUGGACACGCCAGUCACGCCACCACCGCCCAUACCGCGUCGCAUGCUGCGGGGCAAGUCCGGCUGGCAGCCGCAGCCGAGCCCAGCAGGACAGGAAGGCGCCCACGCCAUUGGCACAGUGUUUGUUUAUCCGCAGCCAGCAAACGUGACCACAGAGGCAGCCGGGCUGCAAUCAGCACUCCUUGUUGACUUAGCCACACGUCCGGCGCACGGAUAUACGGAUGCCGAUGGUAUUUCCGAUGACGACCGCAUGAGCCUGGAGAACUCCGUGUUCGAUGAGUCGCUGACCUCCACACCUGUCAAGGUCGCCGGCUACCAUGCCAGUCGCUACGCCGGUCUGGGCCACAUGGCCAAGCGGGCCCAGCGCUCCUCCAGCAGCACCGUGGACUCCGCCUACGGCUCCUCGGGGGGACACAGUGAGCGCUUUGCCUCCAGCUCGACCAGCGCCGACUUUCGCAGCCGCUUCUCCUCGGUGGACACACAGUCCUCGCUCGAUGAGAAGCCCACGUCCAUUUCCAUUGACUCGCCCCUGGCCAAGGAUACGUUCCGGCUGGAGCGCAACGAUGCCAUGCACAAGCUCAACAACAACAGUCCCAACAGUCUCGGCCUCGGUGUCGAGUUGGCCAGCAACAACAACAUCGUCGUCAACAGCAGCAGCAGCAGCAGCAACAGCAACAAGCUUCCGAUGGUGCCGGCCCGAAAGCAGCCACCAGUCAAGAUUGCGCCUCCCUGCAGCGGGAGCAGCAACAGCAACAACUCUGGGGGCGAGUCCAAUAAGGAAACCAGCAGCGUGUCCGCCUCGGCGUCCACAUCGUCAGCCGCAUCGGCUGGCUCCAGCACCAUCUCCAGCGGCACCAUGUCAUCCAUGUCGCUGGGCUUGGCUGCAGCUGCUGGCCAUCCAAGCAUCAGCCAAAAACGUCCAGGGCCACCGGAGCCGCCACAGCGAAUGAACAGCUCUUUUGAUUCCGUGGACAUUGCUCCCAGGGUGCACGCGGCACCGCCUUUGACAGUGCGCAACAAACUGAGAAGCAACAAGCCGCCACCGAUUGUCUACCCGAAGCUGCAGCAGCGCCAGGACUCAACUCUGUCCAGCGACAGCUACUCCAUCAGCUCUAGUCCCGGCUACAACUCCAAGCUGAUGGAGGUGCCGCUCCUGCCGUUGGCAUCGUCGAGCCAGAGCGGUCGCAAGAGCAACAACCCGGGCAUGGCCCAGCGCCAGCAGACUUCGCUAAUGGACAUGGCAUCCACACGCUUCAGCAAGCACACGCUGCCGGCAGUGCCGCCGCCGCGGGGAAAGAUGAAUUUCCGCCAGGAUUCCAACAUUUCCAGCGAUAGCUUCAGCCAGACGUCCAGCCCCGGCUACAACUCGAAACUCAUGGAAGCCCCACUUCUGCCCUCCUUGUCGGCAAAGCGGCUGUGCAGCGCCCCGGCUCCGAUUGUCUGCCGCCAGGGAGUGCAGCACGAGCCCAUCGAGGAGCUGGAGCCACCGCAGACGCACUCGCCACUGAAGAAGGCGAGUGCUCCGCCCAGCAGCCUGCAGACGAUUGUGCGCUUUCAGAAUGGAGCACCCCACACCAUGUCGUUGCAGCAUCAGAUCAUCAACCGACGCAAGAGCUCGAAUCCAUACAUCACCAACGGACGCUUGAAGUUCCGCCUGUUCCAGAUUCUGAUCAACGCCUUCGCUCUGCUGGCCAUUGCCGGGGGAUUGGCCGCGUACUUCAACGCCUAUCCGACCAUCAAGUUCGUGAACAAGACCAUCAUCAACACCAUCCAUGUGGAGGAGAACUCGAGCUUUGGCAAGAACCCCGCCCCCGGCACCUGUCUGCCCAUCAUCGUGCGCUUCUGCCAGGGCCCCCAGAUACCCUACAACUACACGGUCUUCCCCAACUACAUCGGCCACUUUGGCCAGCUGGAGACGCAAGUGGACCUGGACUCGUAUGAGGCCCUGGUAGACGUCCGCUGCUAUGAGCUGGUGUCCCUGUUCCUGUGCACGCUCUUCGUGCCCAAGUGUGGUCAGAGUGGUGCCACAGUGCCACCCUGCAAGACUCUCUGCACAGAGACAAUGCGCCGAUGCGGCUUCUUCUUCGAUGUGUUUGGACUGAGCCUGCCCGAGUAUCUGAACUGUAAGCUCUUCAAGGACUUCCCCAGCUCCGAGGACUGCGUGGGUCUGGAGGAGGUGCGUGACGUUAUGAUAGCGGCCUCGAAUCCCAGAUGCGAUGGCUUCCAGUGCGACCAGAACCGUUGCCUGCCGAUGGAAUACGUUUGCGAUGGCCACCUGGAUUGCAUGGACCAGAAGGACGAGGGUAACUGCAACCGGUGCGGCCAGGACGAGAUCUACUGUGGGGACAACCAGUGCAUUGGCACCAAGCACAUCUGCGAUGGCAUCAUCGACUGUCCGUACGGCCAGGAUGAGCGCAAUUGCCUAAGGCUUAGUGAGCGGAAUGGGGACGUGGGCGCCGGGGUGCUGGAGGUCUACCGCAUCGGUCAGCGACAGUGGAUGCCAGCCUGCGUGAAGAACUGGGAUCGGGCCGUCUCCCCCAGCGCCGUGUGCUCCAUCCUUGGCUACUCGGCUGUGAACGCCACCAGUGUCCUGACCCAGCGCACCCACCGUCCGCUGCUGGCCUCGGUGAACGUCUCCACCGACAUCUGGAAGAUGUACGCCAAGCGGCGCUCCACCCUGAUGCAGGAGUUCGCCAACUGCAAGAAGACCGAGGAUUAUCCCAUGGCCGAGCUCACGUGCUCCAACUAUGAGUGCGGCAGGGUGAAGCGUGGACGCCACAAGCCCUCCAGGCGGAUCAUUGGCGGCAGUCAGGCCAAUCCCGGCAACUGGCCUUUCCUCGCCGCUAUUCUGGGCGGGCCCGAGAAGAUCUUCUACUGCGCCGGCGUCCUCAUAUCCGAUCAGUGGGUGCUCACCGCCUCCCACUGCGUGGGCAACUACACCGUCAUCGAUCUGGAGGACUGGACCAUACAGCUGGGUGUGACGCGUCGCAACUCCUUCACAUACACGGGCCAGAAGGUCAAGGUGAAGGCGGUCAUUCCCCAUCCGCAGUACAACAUGGCUAUUGCCCACGACAACGACAUCGCUCUUUUCCAGCUGGCCACGCGUGUAUCCUUCCACGAGCAUCUGCUGCCCGUCUGCUUGCCGCCGCCUAGCGUGAGGAAUCUCCACUCCGGCACCCUCUGCACCGUCAUCGGAUGGGGCAAGCGCGAGGAAAAGGACCCCAAGUCAACCUACGAGUUCAUAGUCAAUGAGGUGCAGGUGCCCAUCAUCACGCGCAACCAGUGCGAUGAGUGGCUCGACAAUCUGACCGUCUCGGAGGGUAUGGUGUGCGCCGGCUUCGAUGAUGGCGGCAAGGAUGCCUGUCAGGGUGACUCGGGUGGUCCGCUGCUCUGUCCGUAUCCGGGGGAGAAGGACCGCUGGUUUGUCGGCGGUAUUGUGUCGUGGGGCAUAAUGUGCGCCCACCCAAAGCUGCCAGGCGUCUACGCGAAUGUGGUGCAGUAUGUACCCUGGAUCCAGGAGCAGAUGCAAAAGCAUGCGCGACCCAUCGCCGAGGAGCGCGUCAACAAGUACGAUUUGCAUCCGGGCGGCCCUGACAUGCUCUCCAAAAUAUCCACGGAUCCCAUGCGGAACGGGAAGCCCUAUUAUUACACCCACGGCAAGGUCAUGACCCAUGACUAAACUCAGACGUAAUGUAUAUGAUGGGAUGGGAGAAACAUCAGAGGACAGACGCAGGAAACACUUGAAAUACUUGUGACGAGUGGCAGUGAGUGACGGACGGAUAGGAUAUAUUUUGCUACUGAACUUACGGUAUUUUGGGGGAUCUCGACGCGGAUCGAGCUAGCCCAAAAACUGAUUUGGGCAACAUAAUCAUGUGUCAAUUUGCCGAAUUUAUUUGUCAAUUUUUUUACAAAGAGAUUUCUAUGACCCCAAAACAAAAGAGCAACCAAAGCAAAACCGAAGAUAAUCCAAACCAAACUGGAAAAAAAACGCGGAACUGUAUGUCAAUAAAUAUUGAAUAACCGAUUUAUAUAUUUACACGAAAAACGAAGAUAAACGAUAUACAUAUGUACAUGCAUAUAUAGACACAGAUAUAUAUGUAGUAUACCCUAACUUAACCGAUUGGUAAAUGUGUCUAAAUAUCCCAAGUCGUCCCGGACAAUAAAUCAAUUUAAUAGCUGAAUUUCGUGUUGAAAGGUCCUGUAAACGGAAGCCUUUAUAUACCUACAUAAAUAAGUUAAGAAAAAAACGGCAAGCAAAACAUUUUAUUAAUCCCCCGACAAAAAUGUAUGAUUGCCGCAAAAAAAAAUACAAAAGUACGAGUAUAUACAUAUACAUAUAAAACAUACAUAUAGUAGUAGAUAAAAAACUAUUAUGUGUUAAAAACUAGAACGGAAAAUAAGUUAAAAGUCCUGUAGGAAAAUGAUGUAACUAAAACUAAACAAGCGGAAACUUGUUGCUCAUCUAAAGCACCUGAUCUACAGGUGUUCCUCAGACGUUGCAGAGAAUCUUCUUCCAAGAGCUGGUCCUAUACCAAUGAAUCUGCAAGGUAAAACAAAAACAAACGUGCUGUUGACAAUAAAGAUAACAACAAAUGCACAAUAAGCAAAUGAUUGCAUCUAGCCUGUAAGUAAUGAAAAUACUAACUACAUAUAAUGCGUGGGUUUCAGCUUUAAAAACACGAAAGAACAAAAAGAAAUGUCACAAGGAAGAGUUCAGAACAUAAAUACAUACAUACAUACAUACAUACACACAUACCGUACACACAUCUAAUAUAUGUAUCUAGAAUACGAAUCGUCUAUACACUAUGAUGAACGAUAUUGAAGUAGUAAUCAAUAUAUGUAUGUGCUUGUGUUAUUUACUAUUCACACCACACGGUGAAGUGAAUAACAAUAGAUAAUAAGCAUACUAAACACGAGUAUGUAACUAAAUAUUUAGACCUAUUUACAUAUCGAAUCAUUUUGUUUCGCAUGUGCCCCAACAAAGACUAUCACCAUGAUUUUCCUUACAUUUUUUUGUCACUCAUUCAUUCUAUGCCACGAACCUGAACCUAUGCCACGCUUACCUUAGGCGUAGCGUAGCACCUAGUAGACACACUAAGGUACAACUAUUUUGCUAACUGAAAAUGAGAACAAAAAAUUAAGAAAAUUUAAUGUAUAAUAUGCGUAACUGAAGACUCAAAAUUGGUUGUUUCAGCUGACAGAAUACACACCACACAACACACGACACACACACACAGCAAACAACACAGACAAAGUUGAGCUUCAAAAAAUGGUACAGCUUUGGAUACUGUUUUCAAUGGGAUUUGGAGCUAGGAUUUUAUGUGCUCCAUUAUUUAAAUCUAUGAUUUCUAGCUCAAACUUGAUUAAAUGCUUCUUCAGACAAGAAAUGCUAACGUAUAACCGAUUACUCAUAGCUCUAGUUGGCCUAUAUACAUACAUACAUACAUAUAUAUAUAUAUAUACAAUAUAGUAUACAUACAGUAUAUACAUAUGUUAUAUACAUGCAUGUUUUGUACAAUCAGUUUACAAGUGGAAAAAAGGUAUUACUAGUUUUAAUGGGGUGGGUUAUGAGCGCAUAUUACACAAGGCACAACAGCAUGUUUAAGAGGAACAUGCACAGAGAAAAAUAUAAAAACCAUUAUGUAACUGAAAUAUAUACAAGAAAUAUACAUAUAACGGAAUAUAUAUAUUCUACAUAUAUAUAUAUAUACAUAUUGUAGCUGUAGCUUGUAAGCAGAUGUGAUGGUGUCUAAAUUUAUACAUACAUACACGCAUAUUACCCAAAGUGGAAAAGCUUAGUUUAUAUGUAUACACAAAAGAAUCUGUGGCUUUUGUAGAAUAAGCUGACAUGAGCAACAGAUAAGAUAAAGAUAUAUCAAUGACAAUAUAUACAUAUAACGAUAUACAUAUACGAGUAUUAUGCUUAUUUCGAUUUCCUGCAUUAUAUACCAAAAUAUAUGCACUUUUUGUUUCAACUCUUCCAAUUUAGUUUCUCGAUCUUACUGAUAUUCAUUUUGCAGUUCGGAUCCAUCCAUCCGGAUGCUAUUUUUAUACACCCAUGCUAGAGGCAUGCUCCAGGCUACUAUCAAAACGCUUAGCUUUAUGUACACUUAGUCUAAAAAAUAAAAA